UCGUGGCUGCCGGGGUCAUCUCAGCCCUGGUUGUCCGUGUGGCUCAAUUCUCUCCAGAACUGCUGCCCCCAGAAGGCCCCCAAACUUUCCUCCAGUUUCUCCAGGACAGCAAGGAGUCGAGGGGUGGGCCGGCGGGCAGCCUCGUCUUCGCCACACUGCGGCAGCAGGAGUGUCUGGUGGGUACAGAUUGUGUCUGCUCUUGUCUGCCCGGUUCCCUGCCACUGCUGCCAGGGAAUGCUGCUGGAGGAAGGCGAGACCGCAGGUGGGGCCUGUGCCUGGAUGAUUCUCCUGCCAAGUACAUCAUCGACUUCCCCUCAGUGCCGCCCAGCGUCCUCUAUGAUGUGAGCCACCAGUGCCGCCUCCAGUACGGGGCCUACUCUGCCUUCCACGACAACAUGGAUAAUGUCUGCCGCACACUUUGGUGUUCUGUCGGGACCACCUGUCACUCCAAGCUGGAUGCAGCCGUGGACGGCACCUGGUGUGGGGAGAACAAGUGGUGUCUCAAUGGGGAGUGGGUACCUGUGGGCUUCCGGCCUGAGGCCGUGGACGGUGGCUGGUCCAGCUGGAGCACCUGGUCCAUCUGCUCAUGGAGCUGUGGCAUGGGUGUGCAGAGCGCUGAGCGGCAGUGCACGCAGCCUGUGCCCAAAUACAAGGGCAAGUACUGCGUGGGCCAGCGGAAGCGUUUCUGCCUCUGCAACCUACAAGCCUGCCCCUCUGGCUGCCCCUCCUUCCGCCAUGUCCAGUGCAGCCAAUUUGACGCUAUGCUCUACAAGGGCAAGCUGCACACAUGGGUGCCUAUGGUCAAUGAUGUGAAGAACACCUGUGAGCUGCACUGCCGGCCCUCAAAUGAGUAUUUUGCCGAGAAGCUGUGGGACGCUGUGGUUGAUGGCACCCCCUGCUACCAGGGCAGGGUCAGCCAGGACUUCUGCAUCAAUGGCAUCGGCAAGAAUGUGGGCUGUGACUUCAAGAUUGACUCCGGUGCCAUGGAGGACCGCUGUGGCGUGUGCCACGGCAAUGGCUCCACCUGCCACACCGUGAGCGAGACCUUCGUGGAGGCCGAGGGCCUGGGGUGUGUGGACGUGGGUCUGAUCCCAGCUGGCGCACGUGAGAGCCGCAUCCAGGAGGUGGCGGAGGCUGCUAACUUCCUGGCACUGCAGAGCGAGGACCCGAAGAAGUACUUCCUCGACGGCGGCUGGACCAUACAGUGGGACAGGGACUACCAGGUGGCAGGGACCACCUUUGCAUACGCAUGCAGGAGCAACUGGGAGAACCUCACGUCCCCAGGUCCCACCAACGAGCCUGUCUGGAUUCAGCUGCUGUUCCAGGACAGCAACCCUGGGGUGCGCUAUGAGUACACCGUCCACAGGGAGGCAGAUGGCCAUGGCGAGGUCCCACCGCCCGAGUUCUCCUGGCAUUACGGACCCUGGACCAAGUGCACAGUCACCUGCGGCACAGGUGUGCAGAGGCAGAAUGUGUACUGCUCGGAGUGGCAGGCAGGGCCUGUGGACGAGGGGCACUGUGACCCCCUGGGCCAGCCCGAUGACUGCCAGAGGAAGUGCAGUGAGUAGCCCUGCCCUGCCAGGUGGUGGGCAGGUGAGUGGCAGCUGUGCUUCUGCGGGCCUGGGGGCCUCUCACGCCGGGUCAUGCUCUGCAUCCGCAGCGUGGGGCUGGAUGAGCAGAGCGCCCUGGAGCCGCCCGCCUGUGCCCCCUGGCCCCCAGCUAAAACCCCCUGCAACCGCCACGUGCCCUGUCCGGCCACCUGGGCUGUGGGGAACUGGUCUCAGUGCUCAGUGACAUGCGGGGAGGGCACUUGGCACCGAAGUGUCCUCUACACCCGUGACACUGGUGUCCCCUGUGACGAGGCCCAGCAGCCAGCCUGACAAGUCACCUGCUCUCUGCCACUCUCCACGGCUCCGGACACAUUGGUCCCUGAAGGCUCAGGCAGCGGCUCUUCCAGCUACGAGCUCUUCAACGAGGCUGACUUCAUCCCGCGCCACCUGGCCCCACGCCCUUCACCCACCUCAGCACCCAGGCCAGCCAGCAUGGGCAACGCCAUCGACGAGGAGGCCCUGGAGCUGGACCCGCUGGGGCCCGUAUUUGUGGACGACUUCUACUACGACUACAAUUUCAUCAACUUCCACGAGGACCUGUCCUAAGGGCCCUUUGAGGAGCCCAAUGUAGACCUGGCGGGGACAGGGGAUGGGACGCCUACACCACAUGGCCGUCCUGCUGCACCCUCCACAGGUAGCCCCGUGUCUGCCACAGAGCCCCCUGCAGCCACGGAGGAGGGGGCACCGGGACCUUGGUCCCCUAGCCCUUGGCCCAGUCAGGCCGGCCGCUCCCCACCCCCACCCUCAGAGCUGACCCCUGGGAAUCUGGUCAAUUUCCUGCCUGAGGAACACACCCCCAUAGGGGCCCCAGACCUUGGGCUCCCCAGCCUGCCCUGGCCCAGGGUUUCCCAUGAUGGCGUGCAGAUGCCUGCCACCCCUGGGGGCCAAAAUGACUUGGUUGGUGAGGACAGCCAGCGCCAGCUGUCCUCUCCAUGGCGGGACAGGACCAAUGAGGUUUCCAAGGACGAUGAGGAAUCUGGAGGCUGCGGAGCCCCCCACCUGCCCCUGAGACCCAGCCCCAUGCUGCACCCUUUGUCCCCCGUCGGCAGCACCCACUCCUCUCCUGGUACUGAUGUGGUGGAGCUGUGGACAGGAGGGACUGUAGCCUGGAAGCCAGCUCUGGAGGGUGGCCUGGGGUCUGGGGACAGUGAGUUGAGGCCCACUGUGGAGGCAGCUCCUCCCCUUCCUCCUCCCAUAGUCCCUCUGCCAGAGACGGAAGGCAGGGACAGCCCCCUGCAGCCGGGGACUCCCAACUCCCCAACCCCAGGACCAAGCUCCUGGGACCUGCGGACGGUGGCAGUGUGGGGCACCUUUCUCCCCACAAUCCUUACUGGCCUCGGGCACACACCUGACCCUGACCCUGACCGUGCCCGGAGCCCGGGACCUGAGGGCCAGCCCGAGUCCCAGCCUGAGGUGCCCCUGAGCUCUGGGCUGCUGUCCACGCCAGCUUGGGACAGCCCUGCAAAUAGCCGCAGAGCCCCUGAGACCCAGCCCCUGGCCCCCAGCCUGGCUGAGGCAGGGCCCCCUGUGGACCUGUUGGCUGCCAGGAACGCCAGCUGGAAACUGGAGCGAGGCAACUGGUCAGGGUGCUCCACCACCUGCGGCCUGGGUGCCGUCUGGAGGCCGGUGUGCUGUAGCUCCGACCGGGUUGAGGACUGCGCCCCUGCUGGCCGGCCCCAGCCUGCCCACCGCUGCCACCUGUGGCCUUGUGCCACCUGGCACUCGGGCAACUGGAGUAAGUGCUCCUGCAGCUGUGGUGGAGGCUCCUCAGUGCGGGAUGUGCAGUGUGUGGGGACACGGGACCUCCGGCCACUGCAAUCCUUCCGUUGUCAGCCGGGGCCAGCCAAGCCACCCGCGCACCGGCCCUGCAGGGCCCAGCCCUGCCUCAGCUGCUACACUUCUUCCUGGAGGGAGUGCUCUGAGGCCUGUGGUGGUGGUGAACAGCAGCGUCUGAUGACCUGUCUGGAGCCAGGCCUCUGCGAGGAGGCACUGAGACCCAAUGCCACGAGGCCCUGUAACAUUCACCCCUGCACGCAGUGGGUGGUGGGGCCCUUGGGCCAGGUGAGCUGGGCUGUGUGGAGGAGCAGGGAGCAAGGGCUUGGCAGCACCUGGUCGGUCCUGGGUUGGGUGAAACAGCUAUUGAGUGUGGCUGAGAGCCAGGCUGUCUCUGGCCACUACUCGUGCAGCAGUGACUGGACGAGGUCCUGCCCUGCUGGUGCUCACAGCCUGCCAGGGAGAAACAGACAAGGAAAGGGCAUGUGUGUUGUGAUGUCAGGGAAGGCCUUUCCAGGAGGGGCCUCGAGUUGAGACCCGAGGGAGGAGUCAGUGAUGCCAAGGACAGGGAUAAAAGGGACAGUAGGUGUGAAGUCUGAGGCAGGAAUGACGAACUUGGGGCGAUCAGGGAGCCUGGCAAAGGCCAGCGGCAGAAGGGGGCAGAAGAGGAGCCUCAGGUGGGCAGGACACCUUCUGCCAGGUCUGUUUAGAACG